GCUAAAGGGAAAGGGAACGAGAGUGAGUGCGUGUGUGUGUGAUUACGUGAGGAGUAGAAAACGGGCCAACCUUCAGCCAACGUCGAUGAGUCCCGAUGACGCUGUCUCGGGAGCAUCAUGUAUCGCUCCUGCUGGUGAUCGUCGUGGUCGCGUGUUUGACUGUCGGAGUUUGUGACGGGCAGUACUAUACGACGCGCGAUCCACGAUGGUACUCGCGGGAAGGUGACUUCAACUACAAAAUUCCAAACCCGGGCGAUCCAGACUAUCGAACAUACACCUUCAACAACCGACGGUACGGUUAUUACCAACCGAAUGGUUACGGCCAACAGUACCCGGGGCAGAGUCUUCCGGGGCAGUAUCCCACCAACACCGGUUUAGGCGAUGAUCGGUUUAAGUAUGAUCCGACCAAUCCAACGCUCGCCCAAACGCCUUUCCCCGGUGUGCUCGGUGGCUGGCGGGAAGAUCUCCAGGGUAAGUUGCGCCGUGAUUCGAUGCAACUCGACCGUGACGUGUUCGUGACGACCAACUAUGGGCAGGUGCAGGGCUUCAUCGUCAAUCUGUACGACAAUCCGGACCCGAAGAACUUGUACCGGCCGUGGCACAGCAAUGUCGAUCGCAUCAUGGGCAAGUGCUCCACGUUCUUGGGCAUUCCGUACGCACUACCUCCGACAUUCGAGGGACGCUUUAAGCCUCCACGGCAGCAUCGGGGCUGGCAGUUAGUGCAGGCCGUCGACUAUGGUCCUGCUUGUCCGCAGCCAGUACAGUAUACGGGCGCUACCAAAGGCAUCCGUGAUAUGGACGAGGAUUGUCUGUAUCUGAACAUCUUCUCGCCCAAUACACAAGCGGGCGUCGCUCAGCGCUUCCCCGUCAUGAUCUACAUCCAUGGUGGCGAAUUCGUGCGUGGUGCUUCCAACACCUUCCCGGGACAUAUGAUGGCAGCGUUCUACGAUGUAGUGGUCGUCACCUUCAACUAUCGGCUGGGAGCGCUCGGAUUUCUGUCCACUGGAGAUGAAAACUCACCCGGUAACUAUGGCAUCCUCGAUCAGAUGAUGGCCGUCCGGUGGGUGUACGAAAACAUCGAAUCGUUCAACGGUGAUCGUAACUCGAUCACACUGUUCGGUCCCGGUGCUGGCGGUGCUUCCGCCGGUUUGCUUAUGGUAGCCCCACAAACGAAGGACAUCGUGACGCGUGUGAUCGGACAGUCGGGAUCCGCCCUGGCCGAUUGGGCACUGAUCGUGGACAAGUGGCGAGCGCAGAACACAAGCCGUGUCUUUGCACAGAACGUCGGAUGCUCGAUCGAAACGUCCUGGAAGAUGAUGAACUGCAUGCGCAAUGGGCGUAGUUCGUACGAGCUGGGAAAUGCCGAGUUCCCGCCACAUGUGGGUCUGUUCCCGUGGGGCCCGGUGCUGGAGAACAACUUCACCUUCCCGGGUGACAGUUGGUACGAGGGAUGGAACGAGCGCGACUGGCACUUUUUGGCAGAAACACCGGAAAGUUUAAUCCGUCGGCGACACUUUAACCGUGGACUGCAUUACAUGAGCGGCGUCACACUGCAGGAAGCAGCGUUCGUGAUUACCGGCAACAAAUCAUUGGCACCGUACUUUGAAGUUGAUCAACACUUCUUCGACCAGAAGGUGCGCGAACUGGUGCUGCGGUAUAACUACACGCUCAACCUGAAUGGGACGUACGAGGCGAUCAAGUACAUGUACACGUACUGGCCAGAUCCGAAGAAUACUACCUUCAUACGGGAGCAGUACAUCAAUCUCCUGUCAGACUUUCUGUAUCGGGCGCCGACGGACAAGCUGAUCAAGCUGCUGGUCGAACAGAACGUGCCCGUAUACAGCUACGUGAUGAACACCACUAUCGAGGGUCUUAAGCUAGCGGAAUGGUGUAAGGUGCCGCACGACAUCGAACACUAUCUACUCGCCGGUGCUCCGUUCAUGGACAUCGAAUUCUUCCCCCGCCGGGAGCGCUUCGAUCGUCUGAUGUGGACGGACAACGAUCGUAACAUGAGUCACUUCUUCAUGAAGACGUACUCCGACUUUGCGCGGUUCGGUAACCCGACACCAACGCAGGUGCUUGGCCUUUACUUCGAAAAGGCACGCAACGGCGAGUUGAAGUAUCUCAAUCUGAACACGACGUACAACUCGACGAUCAUGAUGAACUUCCGGCAGACGGAGAGCGCGUUCUGGAUGGAGUAUCUACCAACGGUGGUUGGUGUGUUGAUACCCACCUAUCCACCAACGACGGAGUUCUGGUGGGAACCGAAGGAACCGCUGCAGAUCGCAUUCUGGAGCUUAGCGGCUGCUUGUCUUAUAUUGUUGGUGCUCGUCGUUAUGUGCUGUAUGAUGUGGCGCAAUGCAAAAAGAGAAUCUGAUCGCCUCUACGACGAAGCCGUCUUCGGGAUGGACAAUCCCGAAUCCGAGCGGGACACGGUAAUGGAGAACAACAUGCUGCAGGCACAGCCGCUCCGUGGUCCGUCCGGUAACAUCUACGAGUACCGUGACUCCCCGUCCAAGUACAGCAAAAUGCCACCGGACGGUGGUUCGAUCCGGUCGCCCAGCAGUCUCGGCAUGACGCAGGUCACCGGGAAGAGUGGCCUUACCGGCAGCCAAAGUUCGCUACGCAGUGCCAUUUCGAUGAAGGAAUCGACCUCCAUCUCUCCGCCGCCGUCGAAGGAGUCCAACUUCGAUCGGAACAUCAAGUACGCCGGUGGCACAGCGGAUGUGCAGCAAACGGAAUCGAUCCAGCGCAACGGGAAGUUCCCGCGAUCCGAUUCGAAGAAUCUGCUGGCGACAGAGGCCCGAUCACAGCGCGAUCUUGGCGGGACCACCUCACCGAUGAGUGAGGCGUCCAUUACGGGUGGUAGUGUGUUGGGUCGCUCGCAGCAGGUCACUCCCGUUCCGUCGAGCCGUGGUGGAACGAAAAGUAAUAACGCCAGCCGUACCAACCUGAUCGAAGGCAUUCCCCAGACAGCGGUUUAGUACAGUAGUUUAGAUUUAAUUAUUUUUAUUUUACAUUUUUCGUUCAUUUUUAUUUCAUUUUUGCUUCCGCUCUUGCACACCGACACAUGUGGCGUGUGCGGAGUAGUUAGGGAAGUAUUAUCGUACCACUAUACCCCAUCACAUUUUAGUGUCGAGUGUUACCCGGUGUCCUUCAGGGAGUUGCGUUUACAAUAUCAACCGUUCUGUAAGGUGUGCCGGGCACACCUCCACGAUAGCAAAAAUUAGUUUGUAUGCGUUCGGCAAUCGUACUAUAGCCUUGUAAGUCCGUUAGAGUCCUUGUAAGCUAGAUGUUAAGUUUUAAAUCCUAAUCUAAGGGUGGGAUGUUUAGAUCUACAAUAGAUUGUCCCAACAUCCCAAUCGCGUUUUACGUAAGCGACAGGCACAAAGUGUCCUUAAAGCAGAUGUCAAGGUGUAGGUGAAUAUGUAGACUUACAUGUAAGAGAUACGUAGUGACCUUUCCCUCUCUUUGUUCAUAGUCGAUGUCACAGACGCACAAAUGCAGGGUUCGUCGUAUUUUCGCACUACUGAAACUCGACGUGUCCUAGCUUACCCCAUCUUCGUUCGCUAGUGUUUAGGUUUAGAAGUUACUUUAGUAGUAGUAGGUGUUUGUUUCACGUGUUACGUGUUGUCAUUUGUACAUAUCGAUUGUAUCUCGUGUUAUCGUAUCAGUGUAUCCGUCCAAUUGCGUGUUUAGUUUCAUCACCGUGACCAACGUUCAUUUCAUUCCGUGCGUAGUGUUUUGUGUUGUCCCGCGUGUUUUAAAGCUAAACUCUAGAAGUUAUCUUAGCCGUAGCUAGACUUUAAGUUGUUGUCCCUUACACCAAGGGCGUUUUAGUUGCUGUUUCUGUGCGCGCUUAUUUCUUCAUCUUCCUUGAUCUUCUUGAUCCGUGGCAGAUCGUUGCAGUAGCAUUUAUCAGUACACUUGUAUUUUUUUUUUGGGCCAAACUGUGCAAAUAUUACUGUAUUUCGGGACUUUUCCCUCCCCGGGGGGUAUGUGAAGAGGUUGCGAUAAACUUUUACUACGACCCCACUUAUCCCCCUUGGGUGAUUCCCUCUACUUACAACCUUUAGUAAGAUUAGUUCUACGCGUUCUUAAUGUUUAACUACCCUUACGCUUAAUAUUCAACGCUGUUGUUGCUUUUGUUGGUUAUUCUUCUUAUAAUUUGCUGCUACUGUUGUAUCGUUUAACGCAUUCCUUAUCACUAGAGCUAGCCGUAAGUGUCCUUAAGCGUACGUAACGUAAGAAGUGUUUUCUUCUCCCGAAACUGAGUUCAAACAAACAAAAAAAAACAUAACCAGCGAAUGCUAAUGUACAUAUAGUUUCAUUUCGCUUCAUGCUUACCAUUUAAGUAUUACGUGAUUGACACAAAGUAGUUAGUAAUCCCGCGCGGCGUGCUUAGUGCAUUUGUUUCUACGGUUGUAAAAUCCAUUCGUGCGUAGUACUGCGUCUAGGUUUCGUUGUCAUAUGGGAACUGUGGAGUAUAUGGAAAUAAACAGAUUGAAUAAAUUUUAUUUUAAAACCACG